AUGGAGGCUGGAGGGGAGCGCUUUCUUAAACAAAGGCAAGUCCUGCUUCUCUUUAUUUUUCUUGGUGGGUCCUUGGCUGGGUCGGAAUUGAAACGCUAUUUUGUGACUGAGGAAAGUGAGAGGGGCUUUUUAAUAACCAAUCUAGCAAAGGAUGUGGGGCUGAGGGUGGACGAAUUGGCCACAAGGGUGGCCCAAGUUGCAUCCAAAGGGAACAAACAGCAUUUUCAGCUCAAUUAUCAGACCGGUGAUUUGCUCCUGAAUGAGAAGUUAGACCGAGAGGAGCUUUGCGGUUCCACGGAGCCAUGUAUACUGCCGUUUCAGGUGUUACUGCAAAAUCCUUUUCAGUUGAUUACAAAUGAGCUCCAAGUCAUAGAUAUUAAUGAUCAUUCGCCAGUAUUCUUUGAGAACGAAAUGCAGGUGAAAAUCCUAGAAAGCGCCCCACCAGGAACAGCAAUUCCUUUGGGAAAUGCUGAGGACCUGGAUGUGGGAAGAAACAGUCUCCAAGACUACACCCUGGCUCCCAAUUCCCACUUCCAUGUCGUCACACAGCGUCGCAGGGACGGAAGGAAAUAUCCGGAGCUAGUGCUGGACAAAGCGCUAGAUCGGGAGGACCAGCCAGAGCUUACUUUAGUCCUCACAGCGCUGGAUGGCGGCUCUCCUCCAAGGUUCGGGACAGCCCAGAUCUACAUCUUAGUCUUAGACAUCAACGACAACGCCCCCGAAUUUGCACAGUCACUCCACCAGGUUCAGAUUCCAGAAAACACUCCUGUCAACUCUGUCAUUACUACAGUCUCCGCUUCUGAUUUAGACACAGGAAAUUAUGGGGCGGUUUCAUAUGCAUUUUUUCACGCUUCAGAAGAAAUUCUCAAAACUUUUCAACUAAAUCCAAUUACUGGUGAUAUGCAACUAGUUAAAUGUCUGGAUUAUGAAACAAUUAGUACUUACGAAAUAGAUAUAGAGGCCAAGGACGGAGGAGGCCUUUCAGGAAAAUGUACAGUCAUAGUUGAUGUGAUUGAUGUUAAUGACAACCCACCAGAAUUAACCAUGUCGUCAGUUAACAGUCCUAUUUCAGAGAAUUUGGCAGAGACUGUGGUAGCGAUUUUCAGCGUUUCAGAUCUAGACUCGGGAGACAAUGGAAAAAUUAAGUGUUCCAUCCAGAAAGAUCUCCCUUUUGUCCUGAAACCCUCUGUACAGAACUUUUACACCUUAGUGACUGAGAGCCCACUGGACAGAGAAAGCACUGCUGAGUACAACAUCACCAUCACCGUCUCCGACUUGGGAACCCCCAGGCUGCAAACCCAGCACACCAUCACCCUGCAGGUGUCCGACGUGAACGACAACGCCCCCGAAUUCACGCAGUCCUCCUACACCCUGUGGGUCCGCGAGAACAACAGCCCCGCCCUGCACAUUGGCACCAUCAGCGCCACAGACAGAGACUCGGGCAGCAACGCCCAGCUGACCUACUCGCUGCUGCCCGGCCCGCAGCCCGGCCCCGACGCGGCGGCGGCGCUGGUGUCCAUCAACGCGGACAGCGGGCAGCUGUUCGCCCUGAGGGCGCUGGACUAUGAGGCCCUGCAGGCGUUCGAGGUGCGCGUGCGCGCCGCCGACCGCGGCUCGCCCCCGCUCAGCAGCCAGGCGCUGGUGCGCGUGCAGGUGCUGGACGCCAACGACAACUCGCCCUUCGUGCUGUACCCGCUGCAGAACGCGUCUGCGCCCUGCACCGAGCUGCUGCCCAGGGCGGCCGAGCCGGGCUACCUGGUGAGCAAGGUGGUGGCGGUGGACCGCGACUCGGGCCAGAACGCCUGGCUGUCGUUCCAGCUGCUCAAGGCCACGGAGCCCGGGCUGUUCAGCGUGUGGCCGCACAAUGGCGAGGUGCGCACCGCCAGGCUGCUGAGCGAGCGCGACGCGCCCAAGCACAGGCUGCUGCUGCUGGUCAAGGACAAUGGCGAGCCGCCGCGCUCGGCCAGCGUCACGCUGCACGUGCUGCUGGUGGAUGGCUUCUCGCAGCCCUACCUGCCGCUGCCCGACGCGGCGGCGCCCGAGCGCGCGCAGCCCGACCGCCUCACUGCCUACUUGGUCAUCGCGCUGGCGGCCGUGUCUUCUCUCUUCCUCUUGUCUCUGCUGCUCUUCGUGGCCUUCAGGCUGUGCAGGAGGAGCAGGGCGCGCUCGCUGGCCGGCUGCGCGCUGCCCGAUGGCCCCUUGCCUGGACACCUGCUGGACGUGAGUGGCACGGGGACCCUGGCCCACAGCUACCAGUAUGAGGUGUGUCUGCAGGGAGGUGCUGGGGUAAAUGAGUUCAACUUUGCCCCCAAUUUUCUGAUACAAGACUCUUAAAGACGCA